CGCUGGGACCAAUCGAUGCGAAUCAACAUUUAGCCUUGUGGUAGUAGUUGUAGUUACCAUCACCAUAGCACCGGAUCAUACCACUAUCGUCGUAUCCAGAAUAUUACCAUCCGACAGCCAUCGAAAACUACCAACUUCCACGACGGCCGCCAGUAUGAUUCGCAACGGGAUAUCAACAUUAUCUUUCAAUUUACCCUUGUGGACUGCCUUAUUUGUAGUCGCUCAUCUACCGUCGUCAUCUCCGCUAUGUACCCACCCAGUUUCUUCGUGCAUGCCACAUUGGAAUUGCCUGCGACGAGAUUCGUCUGGCUGUCCCUAUUGUGCACCUGAAUGCAGGCUCGAUAAAGCGGGUUGUCCAUUGCCAGUAGCAUGCCUUCGAAUGUUAGGCUGUACAGAGGAGGUGAACGGGUGCGUGGUCUGCACGGAAGCGUGCACAGUACGAUCCCAAGGUCGGCGAUAUGAAAGAAAAUUUGACGACUUUGUAAUGCCACCUGACCAAGAUAAUCGUCCAGGGAAGCAAGACAGCCACCAAAAACAAAAACGUCCAUCGUCGUUUUUAGUUCUAUCUCCAAAAGCUGAUGCUUCAUUUGGCCGAAUAGGCGUCGCCAGCCAAUGGAAAAACCAUAUGGCUGCUACCAGCAAGCCCGUUGCCUUACCAAGCGCUAACGACAGUAUAAACGAUGUAUAAAAGUGUAAUAAAUCUACC